UUGCACAAGAUCCAAACUUCAAGCAGCAUCCCGAUCUCGCCCGAGCUCUUUGAGCAGCUUUACCUUGCCCCGAAGACCGAUGUCAAAGGACAACUGCGACAAACAUUUGGAAAUCCUACCCCCAUAGCUUUGGGUGGUCUUUUGCUAUGUGCUAUGCCACUUUCCAUGGUGUUGCUUGGCUGGCAAGGUGCUGGUGGAUUCGGCGGCGCUGCGAACGUAGGAUCGUACUUUUAUCUAGGUGGCCUCCUACUCAUUCUUGGAGGAAUUGGCGAAUGGAUCUUGGGCAACACGUUUCCUGCAACCGUAUUUUCCAUAUUUGGUGGGUUUUGGUUGUCCUUUGGUGCUACCAUUGUCCCUGGGUAUGGCGCAUAUGGCCUUUACUCUGUGAACGGUACAAGCGACCCUGCACAGGGCCUUCAGGAGCCGGCUUUCUUUGCCACGUUUGCCUUUCUUCUCCUUGCCAUGGCUCUCAUCUGCUUUUUCUUUGCCAUUGCGAGCAUUCGCACCAAUGUCGCCCUUCUUGGAAUCCUUGUGCUUCUGGUGCCGGCUUUUGCCUGUCAGUCAGCCUGGUUCUUCGCCAUUUCCCACCACAGCCCGUCCGCCUCAACCUACCAGCACGUUGGGGCUGGGCUGUUCUUAGCGGUGUCAUUGUUGGGCUGGUACAUUUUUCUCUCGCUUAUCCUCCUAUCUGUUGACUUCCCCUACACCCUUCCGCUUGGAGACUUGUCAACUGUCAUCCCUGGUCGCACUGACCGA